GCUUUAAUCUCAGGUGGACAGAUGUUAACUUCUAUAGCAUGUCCAUGUUGUCUCACCCUGAUACUGACAUGUGGCGGGAAAGGGAAUCGAUAAGCAGCUGUCAACUGUCAGAUAAAAGACUUUGAAACAAGAAUCGCCAUCUAAUAAGCAAGUGCUGGUUGAAAGAUCGGUUUCGACCUUUUUGUCCCUCGGUACUCGCCGUAGUCCCAUGCUGGUGUGCAGGAGGCUGGAUGAAUGAGGUGUGACGAGCAGUCAUGGCGGAGGGUUUGAAGAUACGGUUUGAUUUCCACAGCCCGGUCAUACAGGCUCAGACGGUGAGAAGUCUUGUUGCUGCUGUGCUCAAAGAGAAAGGACCAAAUGGACAAAUCCUACAGUCCUCCACACAGGGUUCGGCGUUGGAGGCUCUCUGGCAGCAGUGCUGCUCCGACUCUGCUCUGGUGCGUUCAGCCUGCUGUGAUGCCGUGGUGCUGCUGGUGGAUCAGGGACAUGCAGACCUGCAGCACAUACUCAACAGUGUGCUCAACCUGCUGCCUUCAGCCAGAAACUUCCAGGGGCUGGUGACGGUGAUCGGACGGCUGCUCCAGAUGCAGGUGGACCAGAGAGACCGAGGAACACCGUUCACAUGUCCGUACUCGAUCAGGAACAGCCCUCACCCGUUCAUCACGGCUCUGGAGAACCGAGCGGACUGCUGGCCGGCCCUGCUGCUGGAGAUUGAUGAUUUCAUUCAGCAGGCUGCUGACAGAAAUGAACCUGCAUACAUCACCAUGAUGGCCCCCUUCCUGCGGUACCUGUACUGUGAGCCUCAGAGACAACCUCAGCACGCCCUCUUGAGACACAGCCUCCUUAGGGUGCUGCUGCCAAAACACCCGGGACCUGGAUCCACUCUGCAGGACCAGGACCAGGGACAGAACUCCUCUGAUGUGUCUGAGAACCUGCUGCUCUGCCUCUGUCAGCUGGUGCCUCACAUGCAGGUGGACAGUGCAGAGGCAAUAUUGGAGCUGUGUGGAUUCGUGGACACUCUGCUUCAGGGUCUCCUCUCCUCCUCUGAGGAGCGUUGGAGGUCCGAGAGGGUCGCUCUUCUUCUGCAGCUGCUCUGCGCCUGCCAGCUCUGCCUCAAGCUGAACGGAGACUGUCGACCUCUCCUGAACUCGAUACAGCAUCUCCUGCCCGCCUGUGGACAGGAGCUGCCAUUGGAUGAGCUGCUGAUGGGCGUGGCCUUGCUCCUGUUAGAGGCUCCUGCAGUUCAGCAGAGCAGCCUGCUUGGUCUGGCGCUGAGUUUAGUCCCUGAGGAGUCAGAGCUGUCCCCCUGGUUGAGUCCAGUCCUGGUCCUUCCCGUCCUCCAGCUCCUGUCCUGCUCUGGCCUAACUGAGGCGCUGGCUGAUAAGCGGACCAACACGCUCAACCAGGAUCUGUCUCACAAGCUGCUCAGCAGGAUCAGCAGAGAGACAGAGACCCGUCGACAGUCUGCUCCGCCAAUAGCUCUCCCUCUCAGCUCCUGGUACAGCGAGCUCAGCGUGGCCGUGUCCGUGCUGCGUAAACUUGCAGAUGAUCCAGCCGCUGCAUCUGAUUGGCUGCUGUCCGUCAGCUCCGCCCUCUCCUUGUCGUCCAGCCAGCAGCGUCUCUCCUCGCUCACCCUCAUGGUGACUCAUGUCAUCAUCACGGGUCAGGAGGACGUCUGCCAGCUGGCCCUGAAUUCCGCCCAGGCCGUCGCUGCAGCCGACCCCUGCCAGGUCCCCUCACUUCUUCCCGUUCUGUUGUUCAAACUGGGCAAAGAGAAGAAUCCAAACCUGGCUCACGCUGUUCUGAACUGUCUGCCGAACCUCGGGACUCAUAAGCUCUGUGUUCCCAUGGUGCUGCAGACCCUCCACAUGCUAGCCAGCACCCCCAAGCUACGAGCGGUGGCAAUGCGCCUCAUGACUACUCUGUGGAAGAAGCAGGACCGGGUCUACUCGGAGCUGCAGCGUCUGCUGGGCCAGCAGGACAGCAGGGUGGUGGUGGGGAGGGACGCUCAGUGGGAGCAGAUCCUGGCCAGAGCCGCCUGCAUUAGAGACGUCUGCAGAGAGAGGCCUUAUCAGCACGGAGGAGACAUGCUGGCUGCCAUUAAACUCACUCUGACCCAGUGCACCAGACCAGACAUGGCAACCCCGGCUGCUCUCGCCCUGCAGGGACUACAGGAGCUGUGCAAAACUGAGGUUGUGGACAUCACCUCCACAUGGAGAAGCCUAGGUCCUGACCUGAGCUGUGACUCUCGUCCUCUGAUGGUCCGAGCCACGGCUGAUCUCCUGGCACUCGUUCCUAAGCUUGCCGUCAAGUCGGAGCAGUAUGAGAAACUGAAAGAGGAGGUGGUCAGCUUCCUCUGGAACUACGCCGUGAGCAAGGAUCCAGAGGUGGCCAGCUGUGGUUUCAGAGCUCUGGCUGAGUUUUCGGAGGAGGUCCACACAAUCAACCUCCUCCCUGAGGCGGUGAGACCGGCUGUUAAAACACCUGAAACUGAAGAGGAGGAGGAGCAGGGCAAAGAAGAAGAGGAGGAGAAGGAUCUGUCUGUUCCUGGUUCAUCGUACGUGAAGCUGAUGGCUCAGACUCCCGUGUCUGUUCUUCCAGCCUUCGAGCUCUUCCUAACGUCGCUGGUGAAGCAGGAGAUGAGCAAGAUGCCUCGAGGCGUCUACUUCUCUGCUCUGAGGGGAGGAAACCUGCGCUCGGAUCAGGGGAAAACGGUGGCAGGAAUCCCGGGGUUCAUGCUGAAAACUUACGAGAAGAACAAGCAGCCGGGGCUGAAGACGGGACUCGCAGCUGGUCUGCUGCUCUGUUACGAGCUCCCCGUGCAGACAGAUCGUGAAGGCCGACCAAUUGAUCGUUUCCUCAUCAGCCGCAGUCGCAGCUGCCAGCAGACCUUAUCAGCUCUGAUUCAUGAGGUGAACAUUCAGCCGUCAGAGUGGCACAGAGCUCUCUUCCUGCCUCAGGCCUGGAGAGGAUUCAUGAGCCGAGCUUUCCACGCCGUUCUGCAGGGUCGACGUGCAGACCUGGAGAUGCAGCAGAAGCAGGGCAAAGGGGACCCACAGGAGCUGCAGUACAAGCAGCACUGUGCCUGGCUGUGGGCCAGAGAUCAGCUGACAGACGUCAUCAAAGCUGCAACAAAAGACAGUCCUGUUGUUCAGGGAAAUUCCAUCCUGGCUCUGAGCGGCCUGGCUGCUGUCCUCGCUAAAUACGAGAGCAACCUGCCUGCUGAUGGAGACGGAGGCCUCGGGGCUGGUCCAGAGUUUGUCCCUACGUCCAGCUGGUUGUCCAUCGUCCUCAACACUCUGCUCAGCAUCAGCAGCAGCAGCUACAAGGCCACAGGACAAGUGUUCCCCUGGUUCCUACAUCGUUCGUACUCCGGUGAGAACACAGCCAGUGGCAUCGCACGCUCCUGUGCCAGCCUGGCGUUGUCUCUGCUGGUCCCGGUUCUGGUGGUGUGGCAGAGAGACGGUCUGGUCCAGGUUCUGUCGGCGCUGAGGGCCGGUCUGCCCAGUUCUCCCAAUGCUGACGACUCCCAGGCGGUCCAGUUCCACUCCGGCCUGGCGCUGGGCAUGGUGCUGUCCAGUCUGCACCACCAGAGACUCAGCGACGUGUCUGUUCAGAAGGAUGCUGAUCUCCUCAAAAACUCUUUGGAGGCUCUGGAAAGCUGCUCCUUCGAUCCAAACCUGGAGUACAACACCGGAUGUGUGCUGGGCCUGGCUCUGGUGCUCUCAGCUCUCUGCAGCAGUGGACAGACGGAUCAACGCGUGCACGUCGCUCAAUCGCUCGACAAACUCCUGUCCAGCCUGCAGGACAGCAGCGGGCAGGGACGCAUGCUGCAGGAGGUCUUGGCGUACUCUGUUGCCUGUGUGGGGGUCUCAGCGUUCAGUGGAGGUCUCAUAGAUGCUGAGAAGGCCGAGGAGGUCAUGAACACACUGCGCACUCUGACGGAGGAGAGCCAGCAGACUCCUGGUUUCUCCCUGGCUCUGGGUCUAGUGGUCCACGGCCUCUCAGCGUCCGGUCACGGUAAAGCUGAAGACAUCCAGCCUCGUCUCCUGGCUGCAUGGACUAAGAUCUUACUGGCUGAGGGUUGUCCCACCAUGCAGCGUCUGGCUGCUGUGAACGGUCUGGUGGCUUUGGUGGGAUCAGAGAGUUACCUCAUACAGCUGUCGGGUGAGUUGGAGCUUUCCUCUCAGCAGCAGAGCAGACUCAAUGAGGUGAUACGAGCCAUCACACAGAUCAUAACGUUCUCAGGAGCCAUCGGCCUGCAGUCCAACAGCGCCUGUUUGGUGGCUCAUCUUCAUUUGGCUCACAUGUCCACCAGUCACACUCAGACAGCAGUCCCCCAGGAUUUCAGUUACCUCUCAGAGAAAAGUGCCAUCAGGCCGCUCGCUGACUUCCUCACAGAGGCUGGAAAGAAAGGUCCAGAUUUCUCUCAUCCGGCUCUAGUUAAGACCGCCCUGGCUCCUCUGGCGUCAGUCGGAUCCAGUUUCCAGUUCCCCCCCAUCAACUGGAGCGCCGUCCUCUCCCCUCUGAUGCGGCUCAGCUUCGGAGAGGACGUUCAGCAUCAGUGUUUGGUCCUGGCAGCGAGUCAGGCUCAAUCCUCUCAGAGUGCAGCUCUGUUUCUGGGCUCCUGGCUGUCUCCGCCUCUCGUGCACAGUCUCAGUCCCCAGACUCGGGCUCACCUGUAUGAGUCUCUAGGUCUGUGGAUGAAGCAUGUCGCUGAAGACAAGCUGCAGGUCUACCUGGAGAGUCUGGGUCUGCAGCAGUUCCAGGACGACCUCAGACCGCAGCGUCUGUCUCUGUGUCGCUCCAUGCUGCGGGGCCUCGCUCAGGCCAUGGCCCUCCCAAACCCCCCCAACAGCUGCUGGAGCAUCCUGAGCUCCACCACCGAGAAGAUCUUCACCCUCCUGCCGGACCACAUCCAGGACAAGGAGGUGGACCUGUACGUGGGGAUCACUAAAUGUCUGUCUGAGCUGUCUGACACAGAGAUCGACCGAAUCGCUCGAGUCUCAGAGACUCAGAUGGAGAAGACCUGCUUCAUCCUGUCCUAUUUGACCUCUCAGGGCAGAGUCCCCCUCCUCAGUCUCAAUGACAUCAUAGCUGGCGUACUCCGUGGUUGGUCGAGCAGCAAGGUGGGCUGGCUCCUCUUGCAGACGUUUUACCAGUGUCGCCUUGCAGCCAACGCCAACACAGGAGUCCUGAAGCGGAUGGAGUGGCUGCUGGAGCUGAUGGGACUCAUCCGAAACAUUGCCUAUGGUGCAGCGACCGUCACGUGUGGAGACACUAAACAGGCCACAGACUUUCUGUUCCAGGUCUUUGCUGCGGCCGUCGUGUCCUGGGGCGACCACUUCAUGCCCCUCCUGCUCGGCAUCAGGAACAAGUGGUUCCUGUGGCAGCCAGAAACAAAGCCCCAGACUCUGCAGCACAGUCUGUACGGUGAGGAAUCGUUUGCUGAGAGCGCCCUGCCCCAGUGCAUGCUGGGAGUGUCCCACAGCCUACUUGUGCUGCUGGACAAAGAGCCCUGGAGCAGCCAGAGGCACAAGUUCAUCGACUGGCUGCUCAGCAUCACAGAAGGUCCUGAACAGAGUCUGUCUGCCUCCACCGUCGAUGCCGCCAAAGCCACCCUGUUGGUCCUGAAGUCCUCUGCUGAGUUCAAGAAGAAAGCUGUGUGGACCAGAGCGUACGGAUGGUAGCCCGGAGGAGUCAUGACUGACCAAAACAAACACAGGUUCUUCUCAGAUUCAUGGAGGGAGCUUUAAAAACUCACAGCUGAGACACUGCAGCAUAAUGGACUCUGCUAAAAUCACACAGGAAUGACAAAAACAAGAGGAGUGUACUCUGUCCCGAUCACACACAUUAAAAGUUCAUCAAACAGGAAGCUUAUGUUUUUCACUUUGUGGCUUUAAGUUCAAGAUCCUCUCGCCUCGGCGGCAUCAGUCCAGAGGAACUUCUCUUCAGAGUACCAAACGUUCAGUCUUCAGGACUCAUUUCUUCUUCAUCUUGUUCCAUUUGUGCAGGUGAUGCUGUCUCUCCUGAAGCAGCUGCCACACGGCUGCAGACGCUCCUGAAAACAGAGACUUGUGUUUGAACGUCUGGGCAAAAAACAGCAUGCACAUUUCUGUUUGUGCACAGCGUUGUGUUUUAUAACUAUAAAACAAUCAAUAAGAUUUACAUUAGUCCUGAAUUUGUCAGGACUAGGGAUGCACAAUAUAUAAGUCUGAUAAACUGGAAAAAAAAGAGAACAACAAGCCGCCAGAGACUAAAGAUAGCGUCAUUGGUGUGGAUGGUUUCACUGUUUCAAAAGAUGAUGGCAAUCUAAAAAAAAAAUAAGCUGCACGUAUUCAGAGAGGAGGAAUAAAAGUCCUCAAGAUUUAACACAACACAUCUUUAAGUCACCCAAAGAUGCAUCUCAACAAAGAUGUAUUGAAGAAAUACGAAGCAGCAGUAGCCGCAGCUAGCAAUAAAACAGUGAGUGCUGAACUGCAGAAAGUUUAUCAGACAACCAAAGCUAAAGCUAUGAAUAAAUGACCGCCAAGUCUGGGACUUUCUCAACCUCACAGCCAAAUUCCACCAGAUCUGUGUCCGGUCCAUCUCCGGUCAGUCACAGCACCAGAUCUGAUGGUUUCUAUUCUAGUCAAUGUGUUAACUUCCACUGGAUCCGCUCUGUUGCGUUCCAUCUGCGUCUCUGAUCCGUUAGGUCAGAGCCCUCCGGAUCAGAUACAAAAGACUUCUAUUUUUGCCAGAUGCCGGAGCACGACGCAUCAAUCUCAACAGAGCAGAUGGAGCGGGACAGGAAGUCAGGCACCAAAACAAAAUGAAAACAUCCGGUUAAUUUUCAGAAUAAAACACUCUGUGUUAUCACCAGAUCGUAUUUCACUUAACUACAACAACAAACCGUCAUGAUGAGCGGAGCCAGGCCUGGAGUCAACAGGUCAGAGGUUUUCAGAGGACCAGAAAGACAACAUGGAUGAGGAGAGGAGGAGGAGAAUCCUUGAUUCAGUUAUAAAUGCAGGAAAACCUCGGUCACAUGACUCUAGCUGCCCGGCGGUCCUGCUCCGUGCUGCGUGAGUGUUGACAGACGAGAGAGCAGGGAGCUGGACCGCAGCGGAAUGGAGACCGACAGGACACGGAUCUUGUGGAACUCCGCCACAUUUUAAAAUACAAAUAUGUAUAAUCAGGAGCCGGUUAUUAUUGGUUAUAUGUACCAGCUCAGAUAACCCAUAUCGUGCAUCUCUAAUGUAAAUAUUAUUAGUUCAGUUGCAAAGAAAUGAAACCUCCUGUAGAUGUGAAUCCAAAAACUCAACUGUACCAAUCGUCUGUGCACAGCUUCCUACCUGCAUUUACGCCUGUUAUUAAUACCACCUUGCCCUGCAGGUCUGUGUCAAGGCCACUUUUAAUGACAGUUUCGGGUUCAAACAAAGAUUAUAUGAUCGUACCCAGAGUGAGAACAGGCAGGUAGAACAUCAAGGCGAAGGGCAGGUGAGGCUGGGAUGACACUGUUGAGUUUACAGAGGAAGAAGACUCUGAUGCUUUUGGCUCGACAUACGGCAGGGCCUGGUAUAUGGUGACACCUGAGGAAGAAGAGGGAUGCAUUUAGGAUGAGGAAGUAUCCUUAUAGCCCCCUCACAGUGUGUAGAAUCCUCCUUUUGUAGUCUAAUACAGAUCAGUUCUCUGUAAAGUAAGACUAGGCCUGAUGAUCACAAAAGCUUUCUCAGUGGCAUGGAUUUGCAGGAAAUAUUUCCACAGCAAAGCUAUCAAAGAGAGACUUCUGGUUUCUCCUUGUUAAAAAUAUUCAGGGUGGAAAACGUGAGGAUAACUUCUCUGAACGCUGCUUUCUGGAUUGAGAUGAUCUGUUCUUGAUUCAGGGAAAAACAGUUCUGCAGAUGUUCAUGUGUGAGCAUGUGUUGUGUUUCACUGGAAUAAACUCUCCUCACACUUCC